CGAUAGCAUAGUGGUAGCAGCAGAGGACAGAGGUGGAGGAUAGAAGGCCAUAUAUCUCCUCUCCGUUUCUCUCCCUCUCCGUGACCUUAUCCCUCCCUCCUUCCCACCUCCCUAUCAAGCCGCCAGUAUCUGUUUCUUCUUGUUCCUAACAGCCUCACCGAAGCAUAGAAUUUCACUCAAAAGUCUGUGCCGUUUGAGCGUUUUCUGCUACCAUCUUCGAUGGCUUGUAGGUCUCUGACCCCGUCUAUCAUUUGCCAUGGCCAGUCUCUUGAGACAGCCAAGAAACCGACCCCAACAGCAGCAGCAGCAGCAGUGUGUGCUGCAUCAGCUGGUCCCGUGGUUUCUUUGUCCUUUUUGGAGAAGCCCCACUUCAAUUCCUUGCUCUGUUCAUCUAACGAGGGCCAUGUCCGAAGACCCUUUGGGUCUUUCGAAAGUGGGUGUGUGAAAAGGCGCGGCCUUAGGCGGAGUCUGAGUAGCUUUGUGACUUCUGCUAUCGCCACGCCGAACUCGGUGCUGAGCGAGGAGGCUUUCAAGAAGUUGGGGACUGGUGGGUUCUCGGAGAGUGAGAUUGACGUGAGUGAGGAUGAGGGUGGUUUCGUGUCUGAGGGUGGCGAGGUUGAGAGGGCGAGUGAGGACGAGCUUGCUCUCUCCAAGCUGGGUUUGCCUCAGAGGCUCGUGGAAUCUCUUGGGAAACGUGGCAUUACCCAUCUCUUUCCCAUUCAAAGAGCAGUGUUAACCCCUGCGCUUGAAGGGCGUGAUUUAAUUGCUCGUGCAAAGACUGGAACAGGGAAGACGUUAGCUUUCGGGAUUCCUAUACUGAAACGUCUUACUGAUGGUGAUGAACAUAGAAGUUCGAGACGUGGGCGACUUCCUAGAGUUUUGGCCCUAGCACCAACAAGGGAAUUAGCAAAGCAAGUAGAGAAAGAAAUUAAGGAAUCUGCGCCUUACUUAAGCACUGUGUGUGUUUAUGGUGGAGUUUCUUAUAUUACCCAACAAACUGCCCUUUCCCGGGGGGUCGAUGUAGUUGUCGGUACUCCUGGUCGAAUCAUUGAUUUGAUCAAUGGUAACAGCCUUAAAUUGGGGGAAGUGGAAUUUUUGGUACUUGAUGAAGCUGAUCAGAUGCUUGCCGUUGGUUUUGAGGAAGAUGUGGAAGUGAUCUUGGAAAAGCUUCCCUCACAGCGACAGAGCAUGCUUUUCUCUGCCACAAUGCCUGGCUGGGUGAAGAAACUGGCGAGAAAGCACCUGAACAAUCCUUUGACAAUUGACUUGGUUGGAGAGCAAGAUGAAAAACUCGCUGAGGGAAUUAAAAUUUACGCCAUAUCAGCAACUCAAACUUCAAAGCGUACCAUUCUAAGUGAUCUCAUCACGGUGUAUGCGAAAGGUGGGAAGACCAUUGUUUUCACGCAGACUAAAAGAGAUGCUGAUGAGGUAUCAAUGGCACUAACGAGUAGCAUUGCCUCUGAAGCAUUGCAUGGGGAUAUCUCUCAGCAUCAGAGGGAGAGAACUCUUAAUGGUUUCCGGCAGGGGAAGUUCACUGUUCUUGUUGCUACUGAUGUUGCAUCUCGUGGGCUUGAUAUCCCCAAUGUUGAUCUUAUCAUCCACUAUGAACUGCCGAAUGAUUCAGAGACUUUUGUCCAUCGGUCUGGUCGUACUGGACGUGCCGGGAAAGAAGGAACUGCUAUCUUGAUGUAUACAAGUAGUCAGAGGAGAACUGUCAGAUCCAUUGAGCGAGAUGUAGGUUGCACAUUUGAGUUUAUUAGCCCUCCAGCCAUGCAUGAGGUUCUGGAGUCAUCCGCUGAGCAAGUUGUUGCGACCCUCAAAGGAGUUCAUCCUGAGUCUCUGGGGUUUUUCACUCCAACAGCACAAAAACUAAUUGAAGAGCAAGGUGUAAAUGCUCUAGCUGCUGCUUUGGCUCACUUGAGUGGUUUUUCGCAACCUCCUACUUCUCGGUCUCUUAUAAAUCAUGAGCAGGGUUGGGUUACGCUGCAAUUGACUCGGGAUCCAUCUUAUUCUAGAGGUUUCCUUUCUACCCGAUCUGUCACUGGAUUUCUAUCUGAUGUCUAUUCUCCGGCAGCAGAUGAACUAGGGAAGAUACAUUUGGUUGCAGAUGAAAGGGUUCAAGCGGCGGUUUUUGAUCUUCCGGAGGAGAUUGCAAAGGAGUUGCUGAGUAAGCAAACACCACCUGGGAACACUAUUACAAGAAUUUCCAAGUUACCUGCUCUGCAAGAUGAUGGGCCCCCUAGUGAUUUCUAUGGUAGAUUUUCUGGCAGAGACAGGAGUCGUCGGACGAGUCCUAGAGACCGGAGAGGAUCGAGAUCGUCCCUAGGCUGGGGCAGUGGUCGUAGUUCUGAUGAUGAUGAUGGUCUUUUUAAGCGUGGUGCCCGAGCUUCCAGAACUGAAAAUAACUGGAGUCGCACCUCAAGUCGUACCUCAAGAAACAAUGAUAGUGAUUGGCUUAUAGGUGGUAGGCGAUCCAGUAGGUCAUCUUCGAGGGACAGGAGCUUUGGAGGAUCGUGCUUCGUAUGUGGCCGUUCAGGGCACAGGGCAUCUGAAUGCCCCAGUAAGCAAGACUACUGAUUGUAUCUAUCUAAAUGUGUUGCUCUUCGUACACUCUGAGCGAAAAGUGGAGGGUCCUACUCUGCCGCCGCCAUUGCUGUGUGCUCUACCUGCUUGUUUCCAAAAGGUGGGUCAAUGUGUCUUUGUGCUGGAGAGACGAUCAGAAUAGUUACAGUGAUCAACCCCGAUUUAGCCCCUGAGCUUCGGUAUGCUCGGCAUGGGCCCUGAGUCAAUCCUGCUGACACUCCAUACCAAAUCGUUGAUACUUAGCAUCUUUUUGAUAGUUUCCCAUUAGCUAGAGAAAGGACGCUUCUUUAUAUGAGUGAUCAUGUUAGAGUAAAGGUGUGUCAGAAUCAGUUCUUGUGAAACCUUAUCUGGCUCUUUUUGGAAUGGGAGGUUUCCUCCAAUUCAGUUGCAAA